CUGAUCUGUUCUUCCAUCAGGGGAACCUGGUCUCAGAGACAUUGAUUAACCAAAACUAAACCAUUGCUUUGUCCCUCUUUGUUAUUGUGACUGUACACAUACAAAGUUGAAGCUGUUCCUUCUAGCAAUUACAUUAAUUUGUACUUAGAUAAUUAGGUUUUUGAGAGAUGGGAAAGGACUCAAAACCAAAGGAAGCCAAGGGAAAAGGCAAACAAGCUGGAGGUGGAAGCGAUGAAAGUGCUUCAAAGGGCAAAGGAAAAGCGGGGAAGGGAGAUGGACUUGGCACCUGCACUUAUGUUAAAGCUAGGCACAUCUUAUGUGAGAAGCAGGGGAAGAUCAAUGAAGCGUACAAGAAACUGCAAGAUGGUUGGCUUAGCAAUGGUGAUAAGGUCCCACCAGCUGAAUUUGCAAAGAUAGCUCAAGAAUAUUCAGAGUGUCCAUCAGGGAAGAAGGGUGGAGAUCUAGGAUGGUUUCCUCGGGGUAAGAUGGCAGGCCCAUUUCAGGAAGUUGCCUUCAACACAGUCGUUGGAGCUACUAGUGCACCCUUCAAAUCAACACAUGGAUACCAUAUCAUCUUGUGUGAAGGAAGGAAGAAUUGAUGGAAGCAAGCAAAGAUAGAGUCAGGCAAUGGAGAUGAGUUUUAUGUUAUAUGUACAGACAUGAAAUAUGUUAAGUUUGUCUCAUUAACUGAUGAUACUUCAGAUUUGCAACUGGAUAAUGCUGGUUCUCCUAGUGGAAAAAUUGCCUGAAAGUUAUCUUGGAAUACAUGAUGCCAAUUUAUUUA